CUGACCGUAAUGAAGGGGAGAUCACUACGGUAGUCCCCUAUUUAAUUAGAUUACGUCAAGCACGGGAAUUAAAAAGAAGCGAAACAAAAAGUGGAAUUGGGUGCACAAAAAGUGUGAGUGUGUAGAUUCACUGAAGCAUGAAUAUGGAUGAAAUUGAGCAUGAUUUUGAAGUUUUAGAUCUCGGUGCUUUUAGACGGAACAAAAGUAGACUAGAAAACAUCUUAGGAGAUAUUUCCAAACAAUCUGCAGCCAAACAAGUUGUGAUUGGGGGAGCUGCUGGAUGGUUCUCAGGCUAUUUGUUUAUUAAAGUUGGCAAAAUAGCUGCCUGCAGUUUAGGCACGACAGUGCUUCUUAUACAGAUAGCUCAACAUCAAGGUUACAUACAGAUAAAUUGGUCCAAAGUCAAUAAGGAAGUGACACAGGCCAAACGUAAAGUACAGCGUGAAGCGAACAGACAGUUUCCUCAGCUAGUCGAUAACUUACGAAGAUUUGCACAAGAGAACAUGUUUUUGGCUGGAAGUUUUGUUGGUGGAUUUUUCAUUGGUUUAGCAUUUUGAUUACUCAAAACAUUCAACACAAACAAUG